AUGUCUGAUGAAUGGCUCCAAGAGAUGAGCCAGCGAGUAAGCACUGAUUUACGUACUGUUCAGAAGGCAGUGUUUGAAGAAUUACUUGACGACGAAAGUUACGUUCCUGAGGUAUUUUUGUCUCGCGCAUCCGCUCGCCGCAACCCAUGGAUUAUUCCUGAGGACGAAAACAGCAUUCGACAAGUCAAUCUGGCGUCUAUCUCCGAUCUGUCUGAAGGCGCGAUAGGGUCGAUCCCUAGCCUGCCAGCCAGCAAGGACACCAUUUCAAGCGAAUUGAUCCACCUUGUCAUCGUUGCAGACUUUGACUCUGAAGCUGGUCAGAGUAUGCUUUCUGACCUCAUUGCCUUGCGCAAGGAAGAAUAUGAUCAGGUCGAGAUUCUGCUCAUCCACAACGCUGACAAAGAGUUGUCAACCUCGAGCUUUGCAGUUGACUUGUUUAAGACUAUGAUGUUGGGCCCUGUCGUCUCUUUGGAUGCCUUGGAAGCACUGAUGUCGAAGAAGAAGGUUGAUGUUUCUGAAGAAGACGUUGUCGCAGCCCAGGCAUUCUGGUCAUCAGCUGACAGAUUCAUCAAUGAUAUCGGCUUCAGAAGAGGCGAGCAAGGUAUCUUGGUGGCAGGUAGGGUUGUUGGACCACUGCCAUCAUUUGAAGGAUUCGACCGCGAUGACUUCAUGACGCUGUUGUCGUAUGAGCGCAUGAAGCGUCUGAUGCCAGCAGCGCAAGCCAUUAAGGGUGUCAACAUAUUAGACAAGGCUAACACUGCUUUGUCAUUCUCAAAAUUGUCGAACCUGAUUGCGCUGUCAUCGAAAUCAGAUAUCCCUGAAGGCAUGUUUGAUGCUUCUCCUCCUGCUAGAGCAGACAUCUUUAAUGGCUGGACUGGCUCGCACACGCUCAUCGAGCGUGGUGAUCCUGAGACUGCAACCAUCCAAAUUGUUGCCGCUGUAGACCCAGCAUCCGAGAUUGCUCAACGUUGGGUGCCCAUUCUCAAGGUCCUUUCUGAGCUCUCUGGUGUUCAUCUGCGUCUAUAUCUCAAUCCCAAGGAAAGACUUGACGAGCUACCUGUCAAGCGUUUCUACCGACAUGUGCUGGAGUCGAAGCCUAGAUUCGAUAAGCAAGGCUCUCUCGAAGGUUCUCUGGCUCGCUUUGAAGGUCUUCCAGCAGAUGCUCUUCUUACAAUGGCCAUGGACAUGCCGCCUGCAUGGCUUGUUGCGCCCAAGGACAGUAUUCAUGACCUCGACAACAUCAAGUUGAGCUCGACACAAGGAAGGGACAUUGAGGCAACCUAUGAGCUUGAGAGCAUUUUGAUUGAAGGUCACUCCAGGGAUGUCACUAUUGGAACUGCACCUAGAGGAGCUCAGCUUGUGCUCGGUACGAACAAAGACCAGCACUUUGCCGACACCAUCAUCAUGGCAAACCUUGGAUACUUCCAAUUCAAGGCGAACCCAGGCUUCUACAACCUCACUUUACAGAAAGGAAGAAGCGAGGAAAUCUUCAAGAUCGAUAGUGCUGGAACUCUAGGCUACAGUCCCCAGACAGGUGAUGAGACGACCGAGAUUGCUCUUACCAGUUUCCGAGGUGCUACCAUCUUCCCUCGGCUUUCUCGCAGAGCUGGCAUGGAAGAUGAAGAUGUUCUGGAAAGUGCAAAGACGACCACAGACCAUCUUACCGACAAGGCCGAUAAACUUCUUGCCAAAGUUGGUCUAGGCAGCGUGAAAUCCAGCGAUGUCCUCUCCAAAGCCCAGAAAUUUGGAUCUGGCUUGCUUUCCGGAUCGACUGGCUCUACCACCGACAUCUCGACUCUGCCACAUGCCGACAUCAACAUUUUCUCAGUCGCCUCUGGCCAUCUUUACGAACGCAUGCUCAACAUCAUGAUGCUCUCCGUCACCAAGCACACUUCCCACACCGUAAAAUUCUGGUUCAUCGAACAAUUCCUGUCUCCCUCAUUCAAAGCCUUUUUGCCCAUCAUGGCCGAAGAAUACAACUUCCGCUACGAAAUGGUAACCUACAAAUGGCCACACUGGCUACGAUCCCAAAAAGAAAAACAACGCGAGAUUUGGGGUUACAAAAUCUUGUUUCUGGACGUGCUGUUUCCGCUAGACCUCGACAAGGUGAUUUUCGUGGAUGCGGAUCAGAUUGUCAGGACAGAUAUGUAUGAACUCGUGACUUGGGAUUUACAAGGCGCGCCUUAUGGCUUUACUCCCAUGUGCGACUCCCGCACCUCGAUGGAAGGGUUCCGCUUCUGGAAACAAGGAUACUGGAAAAACUUCCUCAGGGGCUUGCCUUACCACAUCUCUGCUUUAUACGUUGUGGAUUUGGUGCGGUUCCGUCAAAUGGCAGCCGGAGACCGUUUACGCCAACAAUACCAUCAGUUAUCCGCAGACCCAAACUCUCUGUCCAACUUGGACCAGGACUUGCCGAAUCACAUGCAACAUGUUCUUCCCAUCCACAGUUUACCUCAAGAAUGGCUAUGGUGCGAAACCUGGUGUAGCGACGAAACCCUCAGCGUAGCACGCACCAUCGACCUGUGCAACAAUCCCCAAACCAAAGAACCCAAGCUUGAAAGAGCGAGACGACAGGUUCCAGAAUGGACGAUCUAUGAUGAUGAGAUUGCGGCUCUGGCGCAGAGGAAGGUUGGAGAUGGCAAAAGUCCUAUUGCUGGAGACGCGAGUGGUAAGGGUAUUCAGGCGGAGAUGCAGGAGGCGGAUGCUCGUGCUCAGAAGGAAGAAAAUGAGAGGAAGGAGAAGCAGAAGGGGCAUGAUGAGUUGUAG